GGUGCCCCACCGCCACGCUUGCCUGAGCUACUGAAGUCGGGAAACCAGCGAGGCCGGCGCCGCAGCACAAAAUCGGGGCCCCGCCAGCCACACAGGGCCGCCUCGCCCGGCCGCUGCCACCGCCCCGGGGCCUCUGCUUCCAGGAAUGGCAAGGUAAAGACGUGGGAGUAGCAUGGUAGCUGUAGGAACCUACGGAUUCGAGAAAACUGCAAAUUCUGAGAAGAGACCACGCUGAUGAAUGUACACAGUUACAAAAUGGCAUGAAAGACAACAAACCUAUCAGUGGGUCGAUACUAUCAACUUUUGAAUUAAGAAUUUAGGGCAAGCUGAAUACACACUGCUAUGGGAGUUCAGAGGCAUUGAAAUCCUAAGGCUUAGUCAUCGGCAUUCUGUAUAAAAAUGGUCAAUCAGCUCAAUGUUCAAAUUUUAGAGAAAAAUACUGUUCAUGCUGUUGUUUGUUGGUACAGUAAGUUCUAGAAGACGUCAGAUCAUUCUUGGUCCUGCGUGCCAUCUGGCAGCCACUGAAGCAAUAGUGUCACACCAUUAAGCAGUAGUUGCCACAGUAUCAUUAAAGAUGUAUGUCAAAUAUUUGGAAGGUGUUAAAGAGUCACUGUAAGGUUUAGGUAGUAUUCAAAUCAAUUAAUUCAAAACACACUGAAUCUCAAGAGGUACAUAAUCACUGAACAAAAAAAGGAAAGUUGGAGAAAGGGAGUAUCUUCUGAAUAUAAUUCAAGAGAUGUUUUAAAAUGAGCAAAUACUACAGAAUUUAGAACACUUCACUGGAAUGAAGCCAACAAGAGGAAACAAACUACAAAAGCAAACCUUUUCUGUGUUGGAAGAUACAAAUGGGCCAAACAGCUACCUCUGAAAGAAUCACUGUAUUGUUGUGAUAAAAGUGAACAAGAAGAUAUGGCCAAACUAAAUUUCAGAAAAUGUUUUUCAGCAACUUUCACUGAUGAGGUGCAAUUCCUAUACCAGACCCAUUAUUUUUUGGUGAUAAGAAGAAAGUGGUCUCCCAGACUAGGAAGCAAGACAAAUUUUAAAAACUGCAAUAGCACUGUCCUGUCUCACCACCUAAAAAUAUAAUUGAAGGCAGACUGACUGCAUUUUACAAGGAAAAUAAAUUGGCCUAAUAGGUUAUUAUUCCACUUUAGAAAGUCCUUCUUCAGUUUGGGCGAUGCUUACUUACAAGUUUAGGAAGAGUUUAAGAAUAGCUUAACUUUAAAGCAUCCAAUCUCUGCUUUAAAGUAAGUCAGGAGGUUUACUGAAAAUAUCUGUUUUUUUAAAAAAAUCUUGUAGGGUAACAUAAGACAUUAUAAGACUAUAAAUCUAAUAUCUGUAGGGGGAAAAGUAAUUAAAAACCAUAACACCUAGAAAAACAUGAUCUGGAAGUGUCUAACCAGCACUAGUCUUCUGCAAAGAUAAUUAUGUCUUAAUAAUCUCUUACAGAAAUGUCUAACAGGUAAUGGAUGUAUAGCAGCUGGCAGGCAUAAUUUAGACUUUCAAGGUUUUGGCCAAGUGGCAUAACAGAGAGCUCAGCAGAAACCUGAGUCCUCUUUGUAAACUUGCAUGCCUAUGCUGUUUCUGCUACUCAAACUACCUUGUCAAAAGAAAUGCAUAUCAUCAUCUGAUGAAGUUUAAAUAUAGUCCAAGAAACUUUUGACACAAAAGGCUACUAAGAAAAAAAAAAUCCUAGGUCAGGGAUGAAAUAUAAAGAUGGACAUGAUGCAGGCCUACGUUUAUGUUAAGGGUAAAAGUUUAAUGAUAGAUCACCUUAAUAUUCUGCUUAGAUACGGUUUCGCAGGGGAACUGUGGUACUAUUUCAGUAGUUAUAUGCAAGUUAAGCCUGCAGUCCAUAUGAAUUCCUGAAAUGCCUCUUUCUGCUCUCAUAGUCUCUGAGUUUAGGACUCUGAUCAAUCAUUUAUUUAUGAACUGAAAAAAGAAACAAGUAGAAAACCAACAAAUAUUAGAGGGCGGACAAUUAGGUCAAUCAGGAUCAGAGAAACAGCAAGAACUCAAGAAGUUUAGAAGGUAAAUGAAUGGGAAAACAUGGUACCAGAAAAUAAAAAAAAUGCAGGAAAAUUGAAAGUAUAAACAUUAUAAUGGGGUUUACAGGAUUCAUACAGUUUCUUAUGAUGAUGAUUUGUCAUGAGGUGAUCACAAAAGUCAAGCCAAUAGGAUAGCUAAGACAUAGAAUAAUGACAAUACAGAGAACAUUUAAGUACAGUUAUAUAAAGCUGAGAAAUAGUCUCAUUUAGGAUACGGUCUAUAUUUCUGGUCAUUGUAGCUCAAAACUGACUGAAAUUGCAAAAUUAUGAGGGACUGAGAAAACAAGCAAAGAAGAUGAAGAAAACUUGCAAUAAAAGAGAUUAAGGAGACUGGGAUCAUUUAUCGUAGGAGAAGUGUAGGAGGGAAAAUAUAAAAAGGUAUCUAAGUGAACACUUAAGGACAAAGGAUAAUUAAAGUCAUAACACAUGGAGAUUAAACAGAUUAUGAUUCUACAGAAACAACAUUUCUGACUGACAGCUCAUAUUUACAUUUCUAUAUGUUUUAAAUUAAUCUUUUCCUAUUAGAAAUACGUUAUCCUGAAUUCCCGUACUCUAUCUCAGCUGCACAGGUUUUCUGAUGCUGAAACUUCUUGACUAACUGCGGACAUACCUCCAAAAGCUUUUGCUGUUUUGCAAAGAUAAAGAGCAAACAAUUACCAAUAUUCAUUACCUGAGAAGCAGGCCAGUUGCCCAGUAGGAAGAAAUUUACUCUCCAACUGCUGGCCAAUAUGAUUAUGGACAUCAGGAAUUUGACACCCUGCUCCUUGUGAGCUGCAUAGCACAAGGAGAAAGGGGUAUUUUGUGCCAUACCUCAAAUGUGUGUGGAGUCACAGAAGUAUGGCUUCUCUGUACCUGUGCUUUGCUAUUCCUUUCCAGAACAUUUAGAUUAACAGAGUAAGUUUUUUGUAACCUGCUGAAUGGCCUUUGAACUCCCAGGCGUUUUUUUUUUUUAAUUAAAAUUCUUUUUAUCCAAAAGUUGCUUUCAGUUAAGAGAUGAAUCCUUGGAGUAUUUCCUGUUCCGCAUUGCGGUGCGUUUUGAUAGCGAUAUUAGCGCACUAUGGAGGGCAGGACAGAGGGACACAACUGUGGGAGGGAGGGGGCUCCUCAGGCCUUACCGGCCCUGUCCAGCCUCACCUGGGGCCGGCUACCUGCACCCUGCCCCUGGACCCGGGAGCCCCGCCUCCGUUCAGCCUCGGGCUGUCAGUCCCGGCCUAAGCUGUCAGGGGGCGGGGGGACCGGCAGCUCCCAGGGCACUGAAGGGGGCCGAGGGCAGGGCAAGGGGGGAGGUCCCAGUGCGGGGUUGAGAGACCAGGCACCUCCCCGAGGCCGGGCAGGCGCGGGGAGCCGCCCUGCCCCUCUCUGCCGCGCAUGCGCGGCGCGCCCCGGCUGCACUGGCGUCCCGCCCCCUGUAGCCGGCGCUUUCUAUUCCCGUGUCUUCCUUCUCCUCCCGCUGUGCGGCCGCAGCCUUGGCCCGGGUCUCGGUCGCAGGGUUCCGGCGGCAGCAGCGGGCGAGGGCUGUUCUCUUCCCUUUCCAGGCUUGUUCCAAGCUCGCCGGGGGGCGCUGGGCGGAGCUGGCGCGCUGCCCUGCCCCGGCCCCCCCCCCCUCUAGCUGAGGCGCUUCUCACUGCCCUCCAGGAUGUGGAAGCUGGUGCCCGCCGCAGGAAAAGGAGAGCCAUAUCGGCUUUUAAGUGGUACGGAAUAUGUUGUUGGACGCAAAAACAGUGCAAUUUUAAUUCAGGAUGAUCAGUCCAUCAGUCGAAGUCAUGCGGUUCUGACAGUAAGUCGUCCUGAAACAACUCCUAGCCAGUCUCCCUCAGUCCCUAUAUUAACAGUAACAGAUACAUCUAAGUAUGGUACCUUUGUUAAUGGAUCAAAACUCAAUGGCACUUCAGUGUCUUUGCAGCCUGGUGACAGAAUCAACUUUGGAGUCUUUGAGAGCAAGUUUAGGGUAGAGUAUGAACCAUUAGUUGUCUGCUCCUCGUGUUUAGAUGUUGCUCAGAAAACUGCUUUAAAUCAAGCCAUCCAGCAGCUUGGCGGCCUUGUAGUGAAUGAAUGGACAAAAAGGUGUACUCACCUUGUAAUGCUAUCAGUAAAAGUUACUGUUAAGACUAUAUGUGCUUUGAUUUGUGGUCGACCAAUUAUAAAACCAGAGUUUUUUGUUGAAUUAAUCAAAGCUAUUCAGUCCAGACAACAGUUGCCAAAUCAUGGAAGCUUUUAUCCUCCAGUUGAUGAGCCUUCCAUUGGUGCUGAAAAACUGGAUUUAUCUGAGCGUCAUGAAAGGAAAAAAAUAUUCAGUGGAAAAACUUUUGUAUUUUUAACUGCCAAGCAGCACAAGAAACUGGGUCCAGCAGUUAUUCUUGGAGGAGGGGAAGCAAAACUGAUGAUAGAGGGAAGAAAAGAAACAUCUUUACUCAUUUCUCCUGAAGUUUGUGUUGUUGAUGUGGACUUGACAAACUCUCAGAUCCCAGGAUCCAUGAGAAACUGGACUGAUUCCAUUCUGACUGUCUUGCAAAGCAAGGAUCUCAGGGCUAUUCCUGAGGCAGAAAUUGGAUUGGCAGUUAUCUUCAUGUCUACGGAAAAAUACUGCAACCCUCAAAAGCAGCCUGGUAACAAAGCUGUAACUAAAUGUACUCCUGCAUCAGCUGUUGUAGGGCGAGCCAUUUCUCAGAGUUUGGCUGUGGAUGAAACCAUAAUGUCGACUGCUGCAGAUGACAGCGCAGUAUGUGUAGCUGAUGCAGAAAUAGAAGAACAGACAUGUAUGGAGACAGCAAAUACUCCCCAGAUGAGCAGAAGUGGGAAAAUGGCUUUUCAGGAUAUAACCAGUGUAAAGAAAAACCCUAGCACAAGCGGCAAUGUAAAUACAGGAACUUCGAUAUCUAGAGUGAACAGAACUCCUGGGUUUAGUCAAAAAAGUCAUCCUGACUCGCCAUCUAAAAUUUCAGAAGCUGGUAAACCUAGUGAAUGCGCUUCACGUCACCAGUCGAACUCAAUUACAAAUUACUUCCAAGUAGCUAGAAAAAGGGAAAGAGUUGAAGAAGAAGAAACAUCUGUACCCAAACUAGCAAAACUGGAGGAAAGGUCAUCUCCUGCUUCCAAGUGCACUAAACCCACAGCUUCAUCAGUGUGGAACUGUGAAGCAGAACAGCAUCCAAAGGAAAAUAAUAUCCUGGACCCAAACCCAAAUUUUGCAUUAGAAGACACAAGUUUAAAGCUUAUAGGGGAAAGUGGCAAACUAGCAAGUGAUAAAACAGACACUAAAAUUACUUCUAGUGAGCAGCAUGCACCAAAGAAGAGAAAGGAGUUAGAUGAUUUAUCUGAAGAUACAGAGGCCCUAGAAAUUGUGUUUGGAAGCAGAGACCUAGACUGGGAAGAUCAAAUGGCAGAUCAGGACCAAGAAGCUCAAGGAAAUAUACGAAAAAAAAGAUGUUUGGAAGCAAAAAGAAGCCAUAUUCCAGAAGUAAAUGUAAAUCAGAGAGAGGAGAAUAAAAUAUUGAAAGAAGAGGAACUUGAAUCAGUUCUAACUUCAGAAAUUGAAAGUGAGAUCAAGGAAGAGUCACCAGUCUUGAACCACAACAAACUUCAAGAUGACUCCAGCAAUCUUCCUAGCAGACUUCUGUUGACUGAGUUUAGAUCGUUGGUUGUCAGCCAUCCAGGACAGAACAGUCAGCUUACUGGAAAUACCAGUUAUGGGGGAAAGAAAAAUUUCAAAAUAUUCAAAAAGGUAGCUUAUCCAGGGGCAGGACAACUUCCGUACAUUAUUGGAGGGUCAGAUUUGAUUGCUCACCAUGCUAAAAAGAAUUCAGAGCUAGAAGACUGGUUAAGGCAAGAAAUGGAGAACAGAAAAUACCCGAGUAAAAUUCGGUUGGAAUGUACUGAAGAGAUAUAGAACAGAACCGACAUGCAAGAGAAGAAUCACUUGCUGAUGAUCUCUUUAGAUAUGAUCCUAAUAUAAAAAGAAGAAGAUAAAUUGUGACCUGAAUUUACAGUGAUUCUCUAGCAAAAUCUGCUUCCUGUUCUUUAGGUUUGCUGGUUCCAGUGUGUAAUAUAUACCUAUGUAUGACCUUUUGAGCUAGCUAUUAUCGUAAGACUUGUUUUUAAGUCUUGCUUUUAUUAAAGAAAAAGAAAAGUUUCUUUCACUGCUUGGUACUUACGGAUUGCAUGUUUUCAAGACCUUAACAUUAUUUGCUUCAGAGUAAUGGUCAGUAAAAUACCAUAGAUACUUCAGAUUUCAUUUGAGGCUGUUUAUUUCUAUGUUGGCUUAUCAGUACUAUUUUGGGGGGAAAAACGAAGUUAGGAUCAGGUUUUUUUCUUUUCAGAAAGGCUUUGUUAAUUAGACUUUUGUAUAUUGUCAAUUUUGUCUUCAGGUGGAUGUUUUUGAAGCCUUCAUAAAUAAGUUAGACCAAACUUUAAAUUUGUAUCUGAGUAAACAAGUAUUUAAUAUUGAUAAGGUCAAGCUUCUUCCUAUUUUUGAAGUUGGUGACAUCAAAUUAUUUUCAGCCAGCCACCAAUUUUGUGUGAUGGCAGAUUUGAAACAAAUGUCUAAACUCUGAAAUUCAGUGAUUUUUUUUUUUCCCUGUUAUGUCUUCAAAUCUUCAAUAUUUGUUUGAACAGCCUACAGUUAGACUAGAAACACUCUGAUAAACUGAGAAAAAGAUAGCAAAAAUUUUGCGGGAGCAACAAGCGUUUUAAUUUUGGUUUCUUUGGGGGAGAGAGAAGCAAGUGCAAUUUCUUUCUCUGCAUACUUCCUUUGCUUUGCAAAUAGAAGAGCUGUGUUUGGCAUUUUAAGAACACAAGAUGUAUAUGGAAGGCCCAAAAACUGCACAAUGAGGAUCAUCAGAUUAUGAGAGUCUGUGUACUUUCCUGUAGUAUGAAAUGAGAAAUAACCUUGUACAUUGCUCAGAAGUGUAAAUUCUGAUAUAAUGACAUCUCAUAUUCUGUAGUUGUUUGUAAUGAGAUUCAAGUUAGAGGGGGAAAAGACUGAAUGUAAUAGUUUCCAGGAGUCAAGGGGCAGGAGGGAUCACCACACCCAAAAUAAGACUUAAAAACAAACCAACCAACCAACCAACCAGAGUUUGGGAGUGGAGGAAGUUUCCCUGGAAAAUAAAAGAAGAAAAAGAUUUAGUGGCAGAGAAGCCAAAUGAAUCCCCUUGCUAUUGGAAACAAUGUCUGUUAUGCCAUUAUGAAAAUUCAGGCUAAGAGAAACCAAUAAGCUUUCCUCUGAAUGGGAAUAAAGGAAGCUGUGAUCUUCUUCAGCACAUUUUCAUAGGUAUUGUCUUAAUAACUGGGAAUCUACAGAGGGAGACAAAUGCACCUGGUAUCUGAUCAUGAUAGCUUUUUCUGUGGUUCAUUAUGUAGAGCAAAUAUUGUAGUUACUGUUACAAGAAGAUGUUGGAGCUGAAAAACACAGCUUUUUUUUUCUCUUGCUUAAACACUUUCAUUUGCAGCUUUAAAUCAAUUUGUUUGUCCAUUUGUUAAAAGCUACUUCCAAGCCAGAGAAAGCCUUAAAGAGCUAUUGCACUCCAAUUUGGGAUUUUAAAUUAUUUGACCCACUUCUUCCACUCAUGCCUUUACUUUUUGCAAUUGCUGUGUAAAAAAAAAAAAAAAAAAAAAAAAAAUCUUCCCUUCAAAAUAUUUCCAUCAUCUAUAUAAACAGUGAAAGCUAUGAAACAGCUACCCAUUCUUGGGUUAGGAGAGCUCAUCUUUAUGAUCUGAGAAUUUGGAAUCUGAGCGAUUCCCCUGGAAAUACAGUGAGAAAAGCCAUCCAACCUGUCUGCUCAGCUGUGUGAAGCCAUCAUAGGCAGAGAAGAUGGACAGUAGCUCUGUUGCAUCCUGUUUCAAGAGGCAGGAUGGUAGGAUCUCCUUCUGCAUGUGAGGAAGUAAUCUGGUUGAUGUAAUUGAAUUUAAAUACUCAUUAACAAAACUACUUUCUCUGGUGAGAGCUGCUGCGGGCAUCAUUGUGUUACUGAAUUCAAGCAAAUAGCUUGUAUAGCAGAAUAUCCAUGGACAAGAUCCUUCAGAAAGGUUGUGUUUCCAGUUGUAAAAAGCAGCAUUUUUACCACCUUAGAAAUUGUAAAAAGAUACAAUCUACAGGGGCCUUCUAUGAGAAGGUGAAUGCUGAGGCCUUUGCUGCUCAGAGCGCAGUCUGCUAGGGUUCAACAACACUGAAGGCACAUCUGAGACCACUUUUCUGGUUGUAUUAUAUGACUUAGUAUGUGACUUAGGGCUCUUCAAAUCCAGUUCCCCAGACAGUUGGAUUUAGCAGCUUUGGUGGGUUUUUUUUUUUUUUUUUGGGGGGGGGUGUUAAGUUAUUUAGUGUCCUAGGACUGAUGGACUCACCCACCAUGUGACUGGGGGAGCACCCAUGGACAAACACUUGGAGAUUUCUUUUUAGAUCUAGUUUGAGAUGUCUUGUCUGCUUCAACACUUCCACCAUCAGCUUAAGAUUUCACAGGCAGCUGCAUGCUUUUGAGGGGAGGGCAGUGUGGGGAAUUCUACACUAGUGCUGAGGUGAAAAAAAGAAGGAUCAGCACUUGGCUAGAGAUACACCCAGUGUAUGUUCCUGUUAUGGGCCUAACUUGAGGGUACCCAAUAGGUGAUAGUUUGGUUUCCAAUUCAGUUGCAGCUGUUGUCUGGUUGAAGAAAAGCCUGUAGAUUAGUGAACCUGAACCUUUUGCUAUUUUAACAUGAGGUAAUGCUUGCACUAAAAAAAGCUUAGAUGUCUAAACCUCUGUCCCUUACCCAGAGCUUGAAUUGUAGUUCCAAAUUCAUGUAACAAAUCCUAUUCAUAAUACUGAAGCUUUCCUUCCAUUUUAGCAUAGUUUUGUCACAAUUUUCAGCUCCAUCCAUUAGAGGCAACAUGCUUGUUGGCUUACUGGUUUGGGCUUUCUGUUACUGAAGCUUCUGAGGUAGAUAAUAAAGGACAUGAUUACAUGAUCCAAGGCUUGGGAGCCUGAACAAACAAUAAAUUACAUGAACUUCACCUGAUGUUUCCUUUUUUUAAUAAAACAUAUUGUUGUAGGGGCUCUCAGAGGAAUGGGGGAAAAGAAUCAAGCAUGACAGUAGGAAAACUCGUGGGUUGAGAUAAAGGCAGAUUUAUAGGUAAAGCAAAAGCUGUGAGUGCAAGCAAGGGCAAUUAACUGCAUUCUGCAGUUCAGAACUUUUGCUGCAUGCUCCAUUUUCAUGCUGCUUGUGCACUGUGGUUUCAACAUUCAGCUCAUGAGUUUUCUGAGGGAACUUGUGUGGUGUUGAUUUUCUUUAGAAAGUUAAAAAGAGUUCAGUAACUUUUCAUAACAUCUAAGGUUUCUCUCAUCUGCCUCAAACCACAAUCUGCAAGCAUACCCACCUUUUUGGCAAAAUGAUGUUCUUCACCUAAAAAUACAUCUAAGCAGAAACUUAUCUUCAGAUCUCAUUUCUUGCAUUUUUCUGUGUAACACAAAGUUUGUUAGAGGGUUUGUUGGAAUUGCUUUUUACAGCAUGUGUUAUCUUUGUUCACGCUGCUACCAGGAAGGAGAUACACACAAUACGUGAACUAAAUAUACUUUUUAUUAGCAAGGUUUUUAAAAUACAGUCUUGCAUUCAGCAGUUUACUGAACACAGUUUAAAGCAGAUUGAAUUACUCUGUACACGACUAAAAUACAGGACAAUGCUGUAUCCCUGCAGGAACAACAUGCUUAAUCUUCAGUUUAACUCACACUAGUUUCAGCUGACUUCCCACCUUUCCUAUGUCAGUUGGGGAAGCCACUGCCUUUUUUGCCAAGACUACCAAGGUGUUCUCACUGUUGAAGCUUGUUUUCUAUUUCUGUCCAUUCACAUCUUUUUCUCCUACCCUUACUCCCCAUCUUCUCCCAGAAAGGAAGGGCUGGUGCAGAGGCUGGACCUCUCCUUUGUCAUUGCAACCAUCCUAUAUCUGAAAGUGCAGUCAGCUUCAGUUUCUUCCAUCCACCCACCUCCCCCUUGAACCUCCUGCAGAGUGAUCAGCCCCCUUCAUUACCUCUAUUCCUCAUGUUUACCAUCAAACAUCAGUUUGUAAGGGACAAUAGCUGAAGUCUCUGCUAUAGACCUACCUCCAACCUCCUCCCACCUCUCCUAUUACCAGUCCAUUUUGCACAGGUGAUUUCUCAGUCCUUAUUCUUACCCUGCCUUUCCCCCCUCCCAUAAAACUUGUCCUUCUCUUGCUCUGUUCCAUUUCUUAAAUCUAUCUUGUCACAUUUGGCCACAGCUGGUGUUCGAUUCACAAAUUCCAAUUGCGUUCUGGAUGUUCUGAUAUCUCCUUAGAACUUAAGCCAAACAUGGCAAAACCUGACCUGUCUUCCUUACCGUUAUUCCUCAUUCUUCAUCUUACAAUACCACCACAUUCUGGUGACAGUUACAAAAAUGCUAGACAAAAUCAGGUCUCCCUAACUACCAACUUUUCCUGCUGCUUGCUUUAGCAUGCUGUCCACACCACUUUGCCCCAGCUCUACCACCAUCCCUCUCGAGCACUGGCUACAGCGCCCGAUCUGUGGAAACCAACACCUUUUCCCUCUUUCUGAAUGCUACAGCUCUCUGAAUGCCUCUUCCUCCCCCGUUUGUUUUUUCCUUUGACUUAAGAGCUCCCCACUUCUCCAAACCAAAAUAAUUGGCUUUCAGUUGAAACUGUUUUAAUAAUACUCCUUUAGCCUUCGGUCCAUUGUCAGUUUGCACACAUCAAGAUACAACAAGCUUAGCUUGCAAACCUCAGGGAGGUUUAUCAUCUAAUCAAGCUGAGGUUUUGCUCACAAGUUGCUUGCAGCUUAGAAGAAUGUAUUUCAGCUGACAGGAGAAAUACAUUGCUGAGGUAAAAAAAAAAAUUGUGACCCAAGCAUACUGCAGCAAAAGCAGAAAAUUGAGGCAUGACACACAGAAAUGACAUUUGCAUAGUAUCUUCCAGGUCUGGGUGUAUCAUGUGUGUGAACAAACAUCAGGUAGAUAAAUAUAAGCCUUCAUCUCAUUUAGAACUGGACUUCCACAACCAGCAUGCCAGAUCUAACAGAGAAAUGGGCAAGAUCAGAGUAUUGACUUUCCAGAUUGUGCCAGGUAGAUGCAAGGUAGCAGGAUCGGUUUUUCACAGCGAUAACCCCAUGUUCACAUAGAAGCUGGUCCUAGAAUCUAAACUGAUGAAAAAUGAAAUAUUUCCCUCUCCUCAGAGUAUCUCCUGGAACUGUGUCAAAUCUCCCUCAUUGCCUUGUCUCUAGCUUUAUAUUUUUUCUUUAUAUAUCUAGUUAAAAAAGAACCUAAAAAUGCCAGGAUUCCAUAAUAUUUUGCAAAUAUGUAACCAACCCAGUGGUUUCUUUUCUUUAUGCUGGCGUGUAAGUCUACAGAGGGUGUCCAGGAACAUGAAGCUCAAUUUUAGUUUAUUGAAGCACCCACUGCAGGCAGUGUAGGCUGAUACUUACACGUUGCCAGUGAUCUCAGAAUAAAGAGAUGGAGGAGGAAAGUGCAAAUCAGCAUGACUUAGUCUCCAGAAAAAGUCAUUACAAAAGGAUCGGCGAGCUAAGAAUAUGACCUACGUUUUUCCCCUGGUUUUGAUGACUGCCGAUGACCACUAGGAUUUAAGAGUCGGCUUAAUAUGGCCUGCAAGUACAAAAUCAUUGUUAGAAAAUCAGCUAGCAUGCAGACAGAUGUAAUGUGAACUCAAGUUCAGGGUUUGCUUGAGCCAAAAUGUUUUAGUCUCUGCAAAGACAAAACCGUCUUCACAACAGUUCUUAGUUUCACUAUAAUUACUAAAUUAUACUAUAAAUGUUUUUUUUCCUCAUAAUCCUUGUUCCUUACACCAACUUCAUCUUUGACCUCACAAUUCUUUGUGUAAUUCAAGCUUCAAAAAUUAGCUAAACUGAAACACCUUAAGUGUACCAUAUUCCCCAAAACAUGGUCUUUUUCAGAAAGACCUGUUUGUAAUCCAAUAUUCUCACUUUGAAUUUGUACCCCUAAUGUCACCAAAGCCUUCCUUUCUCCAUCACAGAAUGUUUCAGUUUCCAUUGUUUCUGCUAAAUAGAAUCAGGUAUUAUGGUUAUUUCAAACAAGCAUGACUUUUCUUUCAGGUUGGGCAAGGGGGAAGUACAUGUCUAAAAAGCCCACAUCAGUGGAGGUACUGUGCUCCCUUCUUGCUCUCACCUCAAAAAAUAAUCCAAAAUGACAGAACAUUGUUAUUGUAAAGUUCUAAAAUAUCGUCUAAAUUAAAAUGUAACAGUAUAAACCUUUUAGCAUUUUUUGUUUCAUAACUUCCUCAAAAUGAAAUCAUUACUAUAUGGAUGAUAAAAUUGAAUAAUCAGCUGCCUUUAAGGCAUAUGUGUGCUACCUCUUGUUGUUUAGAAAUGUUUGGGAGCUAGCACUCUUACAGCACAGAUUCCACUAUUACAUGGAAAUACCUGCUUGUUUUUGAGACAGUAGAAAAUGGUACUAGAGCAACCAAGUCUCAUCUCCUGGCACACCACUUUACUGAUCCAGUCCUACAGCUUCUGACACAAAUACAAUUGCUUCUAGUUCGUACAUAUGUGUUGCACUUCAGUGUAACUUCUAUUAAUAGCCAAUGAAAAAUACAUGGCAACAUGUUAGACUAACAGCUCCAGCAGAGAGCUCUCCAGUUACAGUAUGCAGAUCUUGACACAAGAGGAUGGGAGACCACCAGCCUACCAAGGCUCCAUGGAGUCACUUCUGCACCUAUAGGUUUGCAGUUCAUAUUGCUCAGAUUCUUUGCUGCUUCCCUCCCAUCGUUCCUCACUGGUCAUCACUUGUUAUCAGCAAGGACUUACUAGAAGUUUGCAAAUAUUACACCCUUUCUUUCUCAAGAGCAGUUGGCCUAAAAAUAGCCUUUUCUUCCUUUCAACUGGAUAUGCAGGUCAGGCCUGCCGCUAAGUUUGGGUCUUAAUUUAAUUUCCUCCAGCUUUGAGUAAGUACUCUAGAUUUCUGGCUCUAGACUUUUUUACAGCUCUUGAGCUGUGAGAGAAAGAAGCUACAGCCACCUCCUUUCAUAAAAUUACUAUUUUCCAUUAUGCAACCAUGCAUCUAUGACAUUAAUCAUUAAAAAAAGAUGCCUAUACCCACCAGUCCAGAAGGAAAACACAGUAUACCCCGAGUGCUGAAGACUAGGGACCUACAGCUGUGGGGUGCACUUUGGUGUCCCUUACUCAACGUAUAGGCGCUGUUUCUGGAGCUAUACUCUUUCCAUGCAUUCACUGGCAAGCCCAGGCUGCUAGCCCAAGGCAAUGCAUUUUCCAAAGAGAGAGAAGAAUGCAAUGUUAUUGUCACCACUCUCUGGAUUACUUGCAGAAAGGAUUUCUGCGUUUACUCACCAGGGUAAAACUGAGCCUUACUCUUGUGGAAAAUGUUUUAAGCAGAAGUCAGUCAUCCACUGGAAACCCACAGAAAGGCUGUGCUGUUUCCUACUGACCUGUCAGCUGCCUCCAUUAACAAGCACCUAUUGUUAAAUAAUCACAUAUGAAGCAGAUUGUCAGGGACAUCUACUAUGACAAAUCUUAGUCCCAGUUCAACAGCUGGAUACUACUUAAAAUAAUCUUAGCAAUAAUUUAGGCAGGAGACACAUUCAGCAUCAAGAACCAAACCCCAAAGUAAGAGACACUUUCCCACUAGCUUAUUAGAAAAUCCACAGUAUGGGUUAACACACCUUUACAAAUUCUAUAAAUCCAAA